CUGGGCUGCUUUCUGAACUGCUCAGCCAAGCAUCAUGGAAGAGCCAGUGUGCCUGAUUGAGAACAACCCCAAUGAACAGCUGCGGGUCAACCAGGAAGCCCUGAAGAUCUUGCAGAGCAUUCAGCAGCCCGUGGUGGUGGUGGCCAUUGUGGGACUGUACCGCACUGGCAAGUCCUACCUGAUGAACAAGCUGGCAGAAAAGAAGAAAGGCUUCUCUCUGGGGGCCACGAUACAAGCACAAACCAUGGGCAUCUGGAUGUGGUGUCUUCCUCACCCCAAAAAGCCUGGCCACACCUUGGUGCUUUUGGACACAGAGGGGCUGGGCGAUGUGGAGAAGAGCAAUACUGCGAAUGACUCCUGGAUUUUUGCCUUGUCUAUUCUGUUAAGCAGCACCUUUGUAUACAACAGCAUGGGCACCAUUGACCAAUAUGCUCUGGAGAAACUGCAGUAUGUGACAGAGCUGACUAAGCGCAUUAAGGUGAAGAGCACACCUGCAAAGGACUCCGAGGGUGAAGAGGAAGAUUCGGGUGACUUUCUCAGAUUCUUCCCGGCUUUCGUCUGGGCUGUGCGUGACUUUUCGUUACUGCUGAAGCUGAAUGGGAAACCUAUCACCGAAGACGAAUAUCUAGAGAAUGCCCUGAAGAGGAAGAAAGACAACCCAGAGAAGUUGGACCUUGCCAAAAAAUGCAUACGCCAGUAUUUCCCCAGCCGCAAGUGCUUUGUCUUUGACCGCCCGGCCUCAAGGCGAGAUUUAGAGGAAUUGGAGGACCUACCUGAAUCUAAACUGAAUCCUGAGUUUCUGGAGCAGGUUCAGCAUUUCUGCCGCUAUAUUCAUGAGCAAGCUCAGGCAAAAGUCAUCCAGGGAGGGCACACGGUGACAGGGACAUCAUUGGGGCACCUGGUGGUGACCUAUGUGGACGCCAUCUCCAGUGGGUCCAUACCAUGCAUAGAGAACGCGGUGGUAGCCUUGGCGCAGAUCGAGAACACAGCUGCUGUGCACGAUGCCAUUACAUACUAUGAAGCUGAGAUGGAGAAACACUUGAAGCUGCCCACCGAGACUAUUGAGGAGCUGCUGGAAGUGCAUGCCCAAUACGAGAAGGAGGCGAUUAAAGUGUUCUUGGCACGAGCCUUCAAGGAUGUCAAUCAUGAGUACCAGAAAGAACUUGGGACCCAGCUGCAUGCCAAGCUUCUAGAGUUCUGUUCUUGCAAUGAGAAAGCAUCAUCAGAUCGCUGCCAGGCUGUUCUUACACAGCUGUUCCAGGACGUGGAAGAGGCGAUUGGCAAGGGGAGCUAUUCUGUGGCUGGGGGCUACCAGCGGUUUCUGGAUGACCAGAAGGAAAAGGUGGAUCAGUAUUACCUGGUGCCUGGGAAAGGACUCAUGGCUUCCCAGGUCCUGCAAGACUUCCUGAAAUCCAAGGAGGCAGCAGCCCAAUCCAUUUUACAGGCUGACCGGACCCUCACAGACAAACAGAAGGAGGUUGAAGUGGAGCGAGUCAAGGCUGAAGCCUCUGCCCGGGAAGCAGAGUUGCACGAGAAGAUGAAAGAUGAGGCUGUCCAGAGGGCCCAGCAGCAGGAAAAGAGUUUCGAGGAGCACAAAAGGCAGCUAGAAACAAAAAUGGAAGAGGACAGGAGGAAGCUACUGGCAGAGCAUGAGAUGGUGAUGAAUGCAAAGCUCCAGGAGCAGAGGCGGCUUCAGGAAGAAGGGUUCCAGCGAGAAGUCAACAGGCUUCAGGGCGAGAUCCAGCGCUUGAACUCUGCGAUGAGACAACAGUCGAGUGGGGGCUCUGGAUGUGUGAUCCUUUGAAGCUGCUGGCAUUUCCAAAAGGCCCUAAAUGGAUGAGGAAUGGGAUGAACAGGAGAGAUCUACUUUGUAUCUGGGCUCACUGAGUAGGUGUCUUUGGUGUGACUUUUUGUGUGUAAAUGAGAAAAAUGAUGGCAUUUAAAGACGAAAUGGGUUAAAUUAAACAAGAAGGAAGAUCUGAUAGUUGAUUGUAUUCUGUUGGUAUAAUAGGGUUCAUGCCUUGUUACCUUGUCCUAACUAUUACGUUUAUGUAACAAAUAGUUCUUGCCG